AUGCAGCUACGAUCUGCAAAAUUGAAUCGAGUGCUGUUUUCAACGCCCGUUGCCUCUCUACAGCGUAGCCCAGGAUUCAGCACACCGUCAGCUGAAAUAAACGAAGGGAAUCAGCUUGCUGAAGUAAGUGUGAGCGAGCAGUGCGCACAGCAAGACGCACGCCGGGAACGGAAGAAGAUGGCUCAAUCGAUAGCUGCCCUUACGCAAUGCAUGCGUACAUCCCAAGGUAAGAUCUAUCGAAUCCAACAGACUAUUCUAGCUUCACAAGGAGAUCGUACCAAGUUUAACAUACAUGCCAUCAAGUUAUAUGUUAAAACUGUAGAUGCCGCAUACGAUGAAUUCAAUGGAUUCCUGAAUCAGAUUUACAUCUCCGAUCCCUCUGCAAGAGACGAAUUCGAACCGAUGUUCCUUGAAUUCGAAGAACUAUACGAGUCUGUUAGUAUUGCGCUUUCCGAAAUAACUCAGUACCAUGAGGAUCAGAAACUUGCUGCUGUUGCAGCGCGCGAAGAGCAGAAACAAGCCAUUUGCCAACCUGGCGGCAGUGGUCAACAGAACCAAUUUCCGAUUCAGAUGGUUCCAUCCUUAUUGAUGCAGCAAGCUCCCUUACCGACGUUUGACGGACAGUACGAAAACUGGUACAAGUUUAGAGAUCGAUUUAUUGACAUCACUCUGAACGACAAGAAGCUCAACGUUAACAGUCGGUACACCAAGGCAAGGCAAUUAGGAUUGUGCUUCGCAUGCUUGAGAAGAGGACAUCGGACCUUGUCCUGCAAGGUUGAUAAGAAGAAGCUGUGCGAAUGCAAGAAGAAGCACCAUCCAUUGAUGCACGUGGAGGAAAAACCUGAGGCAAUAGAGAGGGUGACGGGCAGGACUGCUGAGCAACCAGGGACGUCGAGGGAUUUGCCGGAAACCGUGGCAAAAUGUGAAACACCACUGUUACGUACCGGAGAAGUGAAGAAGCAGGUGCUGUUAGCAGCAGCACUAGUCGACGUUGUUGAUUCAUCUGGAGUGGCGUUUAAGUGUCGUGCACUGAUGGAUUCCGGUGCUAUGGCCAAUUUCGUGUCGGAGCGAUUGAGUGAUGUGCUGUGUCUACCCAAGAAGUGUGUUAACAUCCCGAUCGUGGGUGUGAACGGAUCGAAAUCGAUAGUGAAAUCCCGAAUUCAUGCCACCGUCAAAUCCAGCGAGACUGAUUGUACUUUCUCGCUUGACUUCCUUGUUGUUCCCCGAGUCACCGGUUCGCUGCCGUCGCGGAAGUUGGAUGUUUCCAACUGGCCGCUACCGAAGAAUAUCCGAUUGGCUGACCCCAAAUUCUUCGAACCCAAUCGCAUUGACAUGCUCAUCGGAUCCGAAAUGUUUUACGACUUGAUGGAGGCUGGCAAGAUCCGAAUGUCCGCCGAACUCCCGUUACUACAAGAAAGCCGUCUUGGUUGGCUAGUUGCGGGACCAGUUCAUUCUUCUGAAGGUAUCGCCUGUGUUCGUGUCCACCAAGUAAUGCCAGUUGAACCUGCUGAUGAGCGUCUUGACGAGCUGAUGAAACGCUUCUGGUGCAUUGAAGAACAGUUCCCCGACGAAAAGGUUGACAACGAUUGCGAGCAACAUUUCCAGACGACCCAUGCUCGCAGAAAGGACGGACGGUACGUAGUGCAACUCCCGUUCCGUGUCGAUGCCGAAUCAUUAGGAGAAUCCAGAAACCAAGCGGUCAAAAGAUUCAAGGCACUCGAGAAGAGAUUGGAGGCAUACCCCAAUACGAAGCAAAUGUACUCGGACUUUAUCAAUGAAUACAUCGAGCUUGGCCACGCAAGAUAUCUGAACGCAGAAGAAGCGACUGAACACAACACCUACUACCUUCCGCACCACUGCGUGAUGAAACCCAACAGCUCGACAACCAAGCUGAGAGUGGUGUUUGACGCCUCAGCCAAGACGACCACGAAUUAUUCCUUGAAUGACGUGUUGAUGAGCCCUCCAACUAUUCAGAGCUCUCUGUUUGAUAUUAUUCUGAAAUGGCGUUCGCACAAAUACGUUUACACUGCCGAUGUGCAACGCAUGUAUAGACAAGUGAUAGUUGAUGAUUCCCACACUAAGUACCAGAGAUGUGUGUGGAGAGAUGAUAAGACGCAGCCGAUCCGAGAUCUUGAAAUAGUCCGAGUUACCUAUGGCAUAGGUCCAGCAGGGUUCCUGGCAACAAGAGCGAUGAUCCAGUUAGCGAACGACGAACAACACCGAUAUCCCGCAGCCAGCGAGGUCGUGCGAAGAGCGUUUUACGUAGAUGAUGUACUCUCCGGUGGUGGUACCCUAGCCGAAACGAAAUUGCAGAUGAACGAAUUGACCACGCUACUCCGAGAAGGCGGCUUCAAGCUCCAUAAGUUUUGCGCCAAUGAUCCUGCUUUGCUGAAAGACAUACCACCCGGAGAUCAAGAGAAACAGUUGAACUUCGAAGACAACGACAUUAACGGAGUGAUAAAGACACUUGGUCUCCUCUGGGACCCAGUAAACGACGAUUUCCUGUUUCAAGUUCAGCCGAUGAAAAACGAAGACCCGCCGACCAAACGACAAGUACUUUCCGAGAUCGCUAGAUUGUUUGACCCACUCGGAGUACUUGGUCCAACUGUGGUACUCGCCAAAUUGGUUAUGCAGCGUUUAUGGCAGAAGCAGAUUGUUCAGCCGAUGAAAAACGAAGACCCGCCGACCAAACGACAAGUACUUUCCGAGAUCGCUAGAUUGUUUGACCCACUCGGAGUACUUGGUCCAACUGUGGUACUCGCCAAAUUGGUUAUGCAGCGUUUAUGGCAGAAGCAGAUUGGUUGGGACGACCUCAUUCCCGAUGAAGAUCACGAAAUGUGGAAGAAACUACGACUUGAAUUGUGCCAAAUCAACGAUAUGAGAAUCCCCAGGCGAACCACAAUAGACGACCCGAUAACCUUAGAAUUGCACGGUUUUUCGGAUGCCUCGAAGUACGCCUACGGCUGCUGCGUCUAUCUGCGAAGUGUAUCGGCUGCGGGAUCGGUCGGAGUGAGACUGCUGUGCGGCAAAUCCAGAGUUGCGCCGCUCAAGGAGCUGAACCGAAAGGAGAAGGAGAAUGCGGAUACCACCGAGAUGACCAUACCAAGAUUGGAGCUGUGUGUAGCACUGCUGCUGUCCGAACAAGUUCAAAAAGUGCGCGAAACCUUAGAGAUAGGCAUUGAAAAUGUCAUCCUAAGGUCCGAUUCGAAAAUAGUGUUAGAUUGGCUAAAUAGAGUGAAACCAGAACAAUCAUCUUUUGUGCAUAACCGAGUAAGGACAAUUCGAAAACUCACCGCGGGUAUGAAGUGGAUGCAUGUUGGAACUAAAGAUAAUCCAGCGGACUUAGUGUCGCGUGGUGUUUACCCGAUCGAAUUAGUGAAUAGUGCAAUGUGGUGGGACGGUCCGAACUUUUUACAUGCGACCGAUUUAGUGUACGAGAGUGUUUUAAACGAAGAAGAAGAGUUCGGACAGCAUCCAGUUGAAAUGGUCGCAGUUGCAGUUCGUGAGCGUAUCCUCUACGACGAGAUAGCCGAUUGCAGCAGAUUUCGCAGACUUGAACGUGUGUUCGGGUAUGUGACCCGAUUUAUCUACAACUGUAGAUCCAGGAAGAGAAAGGUUGAACGACGUAGCGGUAAGCUAGACAGCAUCGAUUACCGUGACUCACUGUUGACGAUGGUGAGGAUCACGCAACAUGUUUUUUACCGCGAAGAAAUCAAGACCCUGAGACGAAACUGCCCUGUGACAGGGAAGCUACGAAACUUGAACCCCUUUUACGACAAAGAAGAAGGUGUGCUUAGAGUUGGUGGAAGAAUCCGAAACGCAGACUUACCACGUGAUCAGAAACACCCCAUGAUAUUGCCAGAAAACAACCACUUCACAGACAUGCUGGUCGAAUCUAUACAUCGAGAACAGUUGCAUGUUGGAUUGAAUGGAUUGCUUGCCAAGAUCAGACAACAAUUUUGGCCGGUCAACGCAAAGCGCACCAUACAUCGUGUGAUUCGAAAGUGUAUCAAGUGUUUCCGUAUGAGGCCGAAGGAAAUGAAGCACUUCAUGGGAGACUUGCCGAAGUCCCGGGUUACCGAGACCAACCCCUUCACCCGCACUGGCGUGGAUUAUGCUGGUCCAUUUCUUCUGAAGCAGGGUCGAAUGAGGUCACCGAUUAAAUGCUAUGUGAGUGUAUUUGUCUGCAUGAGCACCAAGGCCAUCCACUUGGAGCUGGUUGGAUCGCUGUCAACUGAAUCGUUCUUGGGUGCCUUUCAUCGCUUCGUUGGACGUCGUGGGAAUGUUUCUGAGAUGUACUCAGACCAUGGCACAAACUUUCAAGGUGCCAAGCGGCAACUGGCAGAACUAGACGAAUUGUUUAAAUCGCAGAUGUUCGAAUGUAAGCUGGAGGAAUUCUGCCAGUCCCGAGGAAUACGAUGGAGUUUUAUAGCCCCUAGAGCUCCACACCAAGGCGGCCUAUGGGAGGCCGGAGUAAGGAGUAUGAAAUCGCACUUGAGUAAGGUACUCAACGAAUCGUAUCUUACCUACGAAGAGAUGUACACUUUGCUAGUACAAAUAGAGGCUAUAUUGAAUUCGCGACCCCUGAUACCCCAGUCGGAUGAUCCGAUGGAUUACGUCUCAUUAAGUCCAGGGCAUUUUUUAAUCGGUCGUGAACUUACUGCUGUUGCCGAGCCAGUUUACUGUGACCUCAAGCAGUCGAAGUUAUCAAGAUAUCAGCAAAUCCAAGUUCGCAAGCAAUCCUUUUGGCGGCGCUGGUCAGCUGAAUAUAUAACCGAGUUGCAAAGGCGUGGUAAAUGGUGCGAUACUCCCACACAACUACGAGAAGGUUUACUGGUGGUAAUCAAGGAAGAUGGAGUGCCGCCCCAGCAGUGGAGAUUGGCUCGGAUUGUCCAGGUGCAUCCCGGCGCGGAUGCUGUAGUUCGUGUGGUGUCGUUGCGUACGAGUUCCGGAGCGGUUUACACUCGACCGACGACCAAGAUAGCUGUGCUCCCUGUUGAAGAAUCUUCGGAUGUUCCUGCUGAAUUGAGCCGUCCGGCUCCGGGGGGUGGAUGUUAA